CUUUCUUCAUCUUCUAUCAUCAGCUUUAACAAACUGGUUUUUUCUUUCUUCCGCCAUUAAUUCUCUUCACAAAGAAGCUUUUACUCGUGUAGAACUUACAUAAAACUACAGGACCGAUUAAUCGUGAAACUGGAAUCUGAAAUGGUGAAGAACGGUACUGGGUCAGAUGAAUUAAGAGAGAUUAUUAAGAAGGAAAUCGAUGGUGAUCAGAACAAGAAGAAGUUUACAAAAAGCUAUUUUGAUGUGGUCGGAUUGUGUUGUACAUCGGAGGUACCAUUGGUGGAAAAAAUUCUUAUGUCGCUUGAUGGGAUUAAGGAUUUCUCCAUUAUCGUACCUUCCAAAACACUCAUUGUCAUUCAUGAUGAUCUUGUUCUAUCUCAACUCCAGAUUGUGAAGGCAUUGAAUCAUGCGAGGCUUGAAGCGAAUGUUAGAACAUAUGGAGAGUCGAAUCACAAGAAAAAAUGGCCAAGUGUAUAUGCUAUGUUAAGUGGGGUACUUUUAUUGCUUUCAUUCCUCAAGUAUGUUUACAGCCCAUUACAAUGGCUAGCCAUAGGAUCUGUUGCUGUUGGAAUUGGUCCUAUUCUUCUCAGAUCUUUAACCGCAAUACGGAAUCUCACGCUUGAUACCAACAUUCUAGUCUUAAUAGCAGUUGCGGGUUCAAUUGCUUUGAAGGAUUAUUGGGAAGCUGCCUCAAUUGUGUUCCUAUUCUCAAUAGCACAAUGGCUGGAAGCAAGAGCAAGUCACAAGGCAAGUGCAACCAUGACUUCCCUGAUGAAUGUAGUUCCCAGAAGAGCUGUAUUAGCUGAAACAGGGGAAGAGGUUGAUGCUAAUAAAGUGGAAGUUGGCACCAUUGUAGCAGUUAAGGCUGGUACUAAUAUACCAAUAGACGGAACUGUAGUUGAAGGAAAAUGUGAGGUAGAUGAGAAGACUUUAACAGGGGAAUCAUUCCCGGUGACUAAAGAAAUUGAUUCAAUUGUUUGGGCUGGCACAAUCAAUCUCACUGGUUAUAUCAGUGUGAAAACAACUUCUCUAUCCGAAGAUAGUGUCGUGGCCAGGAUGGCAAAGCUUGUGGAAGAGGCUCAAAAUAGUAAAAGCCAAACUCAGAGAUUUAUAGACAAAUGUGCUAAGUAUUACACACCAGCCAUAGUGUUGUUAUCUGCCGGUUUGGCUGUGAUUCCUGCUGCAUUAAAUGUCCACAACAAAACAGAGUGGUUUCACUUGGCAUUGGUAGUAUUGGUAAGUGCCUGCCCAUGUGCUCUUAUACUAUCUACCCCUGUAGCCACUUUCUGUGCCCUUUCAAAGGCUGCAACCUCCGGACUUUUAAUCAAAGGAGGAGAAUACAUUGAAAAACUCUCUAAGAUUAAGGUGGUUGCCUUUGACAAGACUGGGACAAUAACUAGAGGCGAAUUUGAAGUAAAAAACUUUCAAUCACUCCAUGAUUAUUUCCCCAUCAACACACUUCUUUACUGGGUUUCAUGCAUAGAGAGCAAGUCCAGUCAUCCAAUGGCAGCUGCUCUUGUGGAUUAUGGACGAACCCAUUCAGUUGAGCCGAAGCCUGAAUUAGUGGAAGGUUUCCAAGACUUUCCUGGUGAAGGGGUUUUUGGAAAAAUAGAAGGGAAUGAAAUCUAUAUCGGGAAUCGUAAGAUUUCUAUAAGAGCUGGGUGUUCAUCAGUUCCUGACAUGGAUCCUGAGCUGAUGGAAGGGAAGACUGUGGGAUACAUAUUCAUUGGAGAAACAGCAGUAGGAAUUUUCAGUCUCUCUGAUACUUGUCGAACUGGGGCGUAUGAAGCCAUCCUUGAAUUGAAAUCUAUGGGCAUCAAAUCUGUCAUGCUUACUGGUGAUAACAAUGGUGCAGCUAACCAGAUACAAACUCAGUUAAAAGGUGCUCUUGAUGCAAUACAUGCAGAACUCUUACCCCAAGACAAGGCAAAUAUAAUAAAGAAACUCCAAACCGAAGCCCCGACAGCAAUGGUGGGUGAUGGCAUAAACGAUGCCUUGGCAUUAGCUGAGGCUGACAUCGGAAUCUCAAUGGGUAUUUCCGGUUCAGCUCUAGCAUCAGAAACAGGGCAAGUAAUUCUCAUGUCAAAUGAUAUAAGAAAGAUACCAGAAGCCGUUAAGCUAGCUAGGAAAGCCUAUAGGAAAGUAAUUGAAAACGUAAUCAUAUCAAUCUCCACUAAAGGUGCCAUUCUAGCCUUAGCCAUUGCCGGUCACCCACUUGUCUGGGCAGCUGUUCUAACUGAUGUUGGUACAUGCCUACUUGUCAUAUUCAAUAGCAUGCUUCUUCUUAGAGGAGGACAUAAACCUAAACAUGCUCAUAAACAUAAGAAAUCCCAUUGUGGCUCGACAGCUAGCCACGGUCACAACCACAAUGAACAAAAGCGCAACUGCUGCUCGAAACCCGAACCUGCCCAUUCUAGCUUAGUUGGGCAUAACCAUGAAGAAAAGCACAACUGCUGCUCGAAACCAGAACCUACCCAUUCUAGCUUAGUUGUGGAUAACCAUCACCACCAUGAAAAAAACAACUGCUGCUCGAAACCCAAACCUACUCAUUCUAGCUUAGAUGUGCAUCACCACCAUGAAGAAAAGCACAACUGCUGCCCAAAACCAGAACCUUCCCAUUCUAUCUUAGUUGUGGAUAACCAUCACCACCAUGAAAAAAACAACUGCUGCUCGAAACCCAAGCCUACUCAUUCUAGCUUAGAUGUGCAUCACCACCAUGAAGAAAAGCACAACUGCUGCCCAAAACCAGAACCUUCCCAUUCUAUCUUAGUUGUGGAUAACCAUCACCACCAUGAAAAAAACAACUGCUGCUCGAAACCCAAACCUACUCAUUCUAGCUUAGAUGUGCAUCACCACCAUGAAGAAAAGAACAACUGCUGCCCGAAACCCGAACCUGCCCAUUCUAGCUUAGUUGUGGAUAACCAUCCCCACCAUGGAAAAAACAACUGCUGCUCGAAACCCAAACCUACUCAUUCAAGCUUGGAUGUACAUCACCACCAUGAAGAAAAGCACAACUGCUGCCCGAAACCCGAACCUGUCCAUUCAAGCCUAGUUGACAACCACAAUUGGGACAUAACAGGGAUUGAUGAGGAGGCACCAGAACAUAAUGAGCACAAAUGUUGCACUCAAGAACAUCAUAUGAUAGAUCCUCAUGUUGACAUUUCUAGGCCGGAUGAGGGACCUUGUUGUGGGAGCUUGGAGAUAAAGAGGACAAGUGGAUGUUGCGAGAGCUUUCGGAAGGAAUGUUGUGGGAAGAAAGGGAAUAUGGGGUUAAGUUUAUCGGAGAUAGUUAUUGAGUAGAGAAGGAUAUGAUCGAAUGGAAUAAUUUAAAUUUAAUGUUGUAAUAGUGUACUUUUUAAAGCUGCUUCUAAUGGAUGGUGGAGGAAGAUUGCUAGAUAUAGUAUAGCAAGUUUUUCUUUCAGGUCAGUUUGUGGACUAUGUUAGUUUUUAAAUCAUUUUGCAGCUUGGAAGGAUUUUUC